UUGCCUUUUUGUAGGGAAAAUAAUAUAAUUGAAAGGUGUCCACAUGCAUAUUUCAGUUCUACUUACACAGAAAAUUCUGAGACACAGAAAAUUAAGUUGACGUACGAAAGCAUGAAGACAAGGAUAGAAAAUGUGAUGGAGAGGGGAAAAGUUGAUGAAGAUUAUAUCAACAACGACGAAGAGCUUCAAGCAUUUACAAAAUUUUGGACUGCUGGAUUCACUCGUCCUAAUCAUCCUUCUAUUAUUCAGGUUUUGCUAGAAAGUGGGAAAGACAAAGACAUGACAGGUCAUGGGAUG